AUGGAUGCCAGUCACAACUUUCCUCAUGAAAUGCUGACCAUUAUCAUCUUGAUAGGGGGUGUGGUUGGUGUUGAGGAAUCUAAUGCCUGUGUAGGUUGUGUGGUGGGACUUCUCUGCUUCAUGGCCAUUGCAGUACUGUCAUGUUGCAUCUAUCAUUCUGGGCCUGGCGCCGCCUCAGUAGGGGGGGCAGCGGGGAGGAGAGCGCGGAGCUGGGGGAGGGGAAGGGGCGGGGAGGAGAGGGCGGAGCAGUUGCAGAAGCUGCUGGGAGAGCGCGCGGUGGGAUCACACGGCGGCCCGGCGGCGGCGGCGGCGGCGGCGGCGGCGGCGGCGGCCCAGAGACCGGAGCGCCGAGACCGCGGACCGCGGCCUACACGGAGCCUUCUUUUCACCGGAGGACCAGUGAUCUGCAGUCUUCAACACAGAGGUUCCAAUACUAUGUUGAAUAGAAGUGGUAAGAAUAGGCAUCCCUGUUAUGUUCCUGAAUUUAAUGGGAAGGCUGAUUGUUUAAUACUGAGCAUGAUACUAGCUGCAGCAUUGUCAUAUAUGGCCAUUACUGCAUUCAGAGAAAUUGAAACAAAUGGAGUACUAACAAAUUCAGAUUAAGUAAGUUUUGGAUCAAACUAUAUUAUACCAUGUAUCAAAAAUAAUAUGGUCUAUAUAACCCAGACAGUAAAAUUGCUUAUUUCUUCUAUUUAUAUAAUAAGUUGUAUUUAGCUCUCCUUACCUUUAUGGGCUUUUAUGGAAAUAUGCUUAUGAGAGAUAUACCUACCACCUACCUCCCUGUUUCAACCUCCCACUGACAUUAACACCCUAGGAGGAGAAGGACCAAAGAGAAGCAUGCUUUUUUAUAUACAUAGGAGAUGAAGUCAGUUGAGGUGAUGGGGAGAGCACUAUAAGAAAUGACGACCAAGCUGGCUAUUGGAGGGAAGCUGUAGUUUCUUUAUUUUUUCUUAUUAUGUUUGUACAGCUUUAUUUCUUAUUAUAUUUUGAGACCCAAUUUAAUCACUCAUGGCUUUGAACAAAUUGGAAAACCAAAGAUGUGUUUUUGGCAUCAGUCAAGUCUUGGUCUGUUGAGAUUACAUUAGCUGCAGGUCAUAUUCAUCCUGAGGAUGAUCCUCCCAUUUAGGAGAUUUUUAUAACUUGAAGUCAGGAAUAGCUCCCAGAUACAUUGGCUCAGGCUUUUACUUCUAUGUGUGUAUGUGCGUGUGUGUGUGUGUGUUUAUGUAAAUACUUUUAGUCACAGUUCACAGACCCCUACUGUCAUUCAUUAGGAGCUCUGAAUAUUUGUUAUCUGUUCUACUCCUGAAGUGAUUUAAGUUUAAAUUACAUCUUUCAGGCACUAAAAAAGAAGCAAAAAUCAUAUUUAAGCAUUCUCUUUGAUAUUUUUACUUAUGUAGUAAGAUACAGAAAUAAAGGAGAAUGAGCUGAAUCAGAAACCCGCCACUGGCUCUUGUACUUUUAUGUACCGUACCAGAUGGAGAUAAGCUAUUAUCAAUCAGUCAUUAGUUCAUACUAUUCUGAAUAUUAGUUAACAAUUAACAAGAAUCUCUAAAUAAGUUUUGCUACAUCCUUCAGUAUAAGUGAAGUUUUUUCUUGAGAAGGGAACUUUUGUCAACACCUAUACAUUAAACUUUGAGCAUCGCUGAUACCACCAAAGAAGAUUCUGUAGUCUCUUUGAUAAUACUGUCUUAUCACCUGAAUAUUAUAGGGAAAAUGUUACUAUAUUAUAUCAUCUCAAUAUUAUAGGGGAAAACAACAUGGAGAGAAAACCAAUUCUAGGUCUGUAACGGCUUACUUUUAGUAUUAAAAUUUAUUUACUCAAUUAAAUUUUCUUUUAAUAUCACCCAAUCCUGACCAUGCACAAAACUCUUGUUUCAGAUUUCUUUUCCAGCAAACCUUCUAUAAUUUUCCUUUUUACUUUCAAAUUUUGUCCUAUUAACCCUUUUUUUGUUUGUUUGUUUUCUUUCCAGGAAAAAAUUACUUUCUUUUCCCUUUAAACUGCAUUUCCAUUCCUUGUAUCUUUCUCCCUUUCAUACAAAGAUGUGAUCCUUAUUAAUUUUAUUACUUUUAAUUACAUAUAAUAUCUAGAACUCUUAACUUUUAAAGACUUUUCCCUUUCUUUUUCUUCUGGUUUUGAUUCUACUUGAUUGAGUUAAUUAGACUUUCUCAAGUCCUUGUGGGUUGUACUUACAUUUCUGCUUUGUAGAGAUUUGUAAAACAAAAAGUUACUUUUAAUUUCCCAAAGAACAUUUCUGCUACCUAAAUUCUAUAAAAAGAUUGAUUUGUAUAGCUACAUUUUCUUUAAUUUGUCUCUUUAUAUCUUCAAGAAGAUUUCCAACUAAACUAGAAAUCAAGAAUUCUAUGUUUGAGAACUUUAGAGUUCAAUUUAUAAUGCCUUUAAAAGUUUGGACCAAGUCCCUUUUUCUGUAUACACAAGUUAAACCCAGUGCAAUUUACCCUAGAGGCAAAGAAAAACUCCAUUAUUGGUAGUAUUAGCUCCUUGAUAUUAGCUUCAUAUUGUGCGAGUUCAGGUAAGCCUGAUGGUUUCCUUUAGCAUUGAGAAGUGGAGUAUUUCUGCAAUGUCAGUAAACAAGGAUGGUAAUGCCAUCAGCAACCCUCCAAAUGUGAAUUUCUGAGCCCUGGAGGCACCCAGGAAGAAGAAAAAGACCUGCUAUUUGGAAGUAAUAAGGUUGCAGGCACUACCUGUGGUGAGCACUGAGGGGCUCAGGAUGUGAAAAAUGCAAGAUUCUGGCCCCAGAUAACUGAGUUUAAUACGAAAGGAAUGAUUUCAGUGAGUCCAGACUCAUGCAUCUUCCCAUACAUGGAAUAGCACUAAAUUCCUUGAUACUUGUUUUUCUUUAAUUCGCAAAGGUACUUUUGAUGUUAAGACUACCUGUCCUUUGUUGCAAACUUCUAUAUAACCUGACUCCCCCCCGCCCCUUUCUCCUCAGAGCAAUUCUCUGAGGACUACUUGAGAUGCUGCCUCCUGGGCUUAAGACCUUAAAAUUUCCACUAAAUAAAACAUAACUCUCAACUUUUAGGAUGUCACAAUUUUUUAAGUGAACAGCUAUGGCAACCAAUGAAGGCAGCAGAGCAGAUUCUUUUCCUCCACCUGAACUCCACAAGGAUCCAGAGCCUUGGUACCAGCAGCGGCCCCUUUUGCCCAUCUGCCUCCUCUGGGAGUCCAGACAGAUUUAAGUGAGGCUCUCCUGGUUCUCAGAUCUUCUGUACUGGUCGAUGAUCCUGAGUUUUAUUUGAUGGAGUAUAGCAGGUACCUACCCUCUCUCACUUGAAAGACACUGGGGCAUACCCAUUCAAGGUCUAGAUACUGGGUGGGGCUUGGUUAAAAGAUACCAGGAAUAUCCACCCAGUUGAAAGAUAUUGGGAGGAGGUUGAUUGAAAAAUACCAGGAAAAAAAAAAAAAGAGAGAGAGAGAAAGAUACCAGGGAAUAUCCACUCAGUGGAAAGGUGGGGAGGGCUCAGUUGAAAGAUACAGAGGGAUACCUGGGGCUUGGUUGAAAGACACCAAGGUUGCUCCAUUGUAGGAGACUGUGUGGUCUGUGCUGGGUAGUUAGGUAAGAGGCUGAUCUUAUCUGAUGCUUUUCCUCAAUUCGGAUGCCUUAACAGAAUUUGUUGGAGAAAAAAAAAAAAAGUGAAGAUACUGUAUGAGAGCUUUGCUCUAAAGUAAAGGGACAAGACUCCUCCCAGCUAGUUAUGGUUUUUUCAGGUGACUGAGAAAUUUACAGUGGUGGUGGAGGCUGAGUCCUCUUACCAUGAAGUGGUCCCAUAGGGAAGCUUACUUAUUAAUUAAAACACUUGCUCAUCCAGGGGUCACAAAUAAGAACUGGCAAUUCAGUGAUCUGAGCAUCCUCUAUGGUCUUAGACCACUGGAGGGAGAAUUCAAGACAUGUAAGAUGAGCUGAAAUGACUCUGGGAUGACUCCCGGAGGAGUUAAGCCCACAAGCACCACAUAGGCCCACCAAAAAAUCUCACUAGUAAAAUUUAUUCCUGCCAAGUUCAACUUAAAAUGGGAAAUAAAAUCUCUCAAAAACAAGGGGCAUCAGAAAGUCAACUUCCAAUUAACACCCUAGCCAGAUUCACAUACAGUGUGUACAGAACUCAUACCUAGUUAAUUGGGGGAAUUAUACUAAAGUAUCAGUUCAGUUCAGUUCAGUUCAGUUGCUCAGUCAUGUCUGACUCUUUGUGACCACAUGAACCACAGCAUGCCAGG